UCCCAGUUUGCCCAGUAGGAGCAGGGCUGUGGUGCUGGGCGAGAUGCGGGGCAAGGACGAGGAAUACGACUACCUCUUCAAAGUUGUGCUCAUCGGGGACUCUGGGGUGGGGAAGAGCAACUUGCUGUCCCGCUUCACCCGCAACGAGUUCAACCUGGAGAGCAAGAGCACCAUCGGCGUGGAGUUCGCCACAAGGAGCAUCCAGGUGGACAACAAGACGGUGAAGGCUCAGAUCUGGGACACGGCAGGGCAGGAGCGGUACCGGGCCAUCACCUCAGCGUAUUACCGAGGGGCGGUGGGAGCUCUGCUUGUCUACGACAUCGCCAAGUACCUGACGUACGAGAACGCCGAGCGCUGGCUGAAGGAGCUGCAGGACCACGCCGAUGCCAACAUCGUCAUCAUGUUGGUGGGCAACAAGAGCGACCUGCGGCACCUGCGGGCUGUGCCCACCGAUGAGGCCAGGAGCUUUGCAGAGAAGAACGGGCUGUCCUUCCUCGAGACAUCGGCUCUGGACUCCACCAACGUGGAGACAGCUUUCCACAACAUCCUUUCGGAAAUCUACCGCAUCGUGUCACAGAGGCAGAUCACCGGGCAGCCGGAGUCAGAAUUUGGCCCCACCACGACCAUCGAGCCCAUCCGCGUGCUGCCCACGCAGCAGGAGGGCAGGCAGGCACCCUGCUGCCAGAACAUCUGAGCCCCCCGGGGUGCCCCCACCCUGACACCCCCCACCCCACCCCCCAGCAUCAUGUUUCUCACCCUCUACCUGUGCUCGCUGCAGCCCCCACCCCCCACCCCCCCUUCCAAGAACAGGGCGAGCUGGUGGCUGCUUCUGCAUGGGCGCUCCUGUGUGCGCCAUCGCGCUGCUCUCCUUGUGUUUGUGUAGGACCUACUGAAAUGGGGCAGGGGGUAGGGAAGCAGCGGGGUCUCUCUCCUCUCUCCCCGUGGUUCGAGACAUGCCAUCCCCUCGUGUCCAUGCUUCUUCCAGCCCUGAAGGUCCAAUCACUGCGUGUCCAAACAGUGUGACUCCCUUGUUUGGUGCCACGUUUCUGUGGCACCCCUGGGUGCAGCCCUUCGGGGCAGGGUGGGACACACACACACACACACACUGGCUGCACCUUUUUUUGUGCCUGGUGAAGCAGUAACGCAGACAGUCGCACCCACUCCAGCAGCACCCAGGGUUGGGUGCACCUCUGGGUGCUGCUGGGGCACCUGGGGUGUGUGUGGGGUGAUUCCCCCCACUCCUGCUUGGAGGGACCGCGCAGGGGUUUGGAGCAGGGAUGUGGGGGGACACAUCCUUUG